AUGCCUGGUUCCCCCGCCGGGGGGCCCCUCCAGGCCGUGACUCCCGACCGAGUAAAUCGCUGUGACUCAAUAUUCUCUUCGGGUCGAGGCGAGGCCAGAGACAGUUCUGUGCACGAGAAGAUCCAUCAGUUUAACAACCUCAGUAUCGCGAUGCAAUCGAAGCAAAUGGAGCGCAAGACGGCGGAUGCAGCUCUGAAACGAGCCGUGGUGGGACGGGAGGAGGCAGAGGCGGAAUUGAAGAGGAUGCGGGAUGAGUUAAUGCUUCUAAGGAAGGAUAUUGAGGAAGGAAAGGAGCGUGAGAGGAAAGUGGGAGAGAGACUGGAAACCGUCAUGGACAACUAUGGCCGUGCCAAGGAAACACAUGCACAUACACAGGCUCUGUGGGAAAAGGAAAUCCGACGAGCGAGAAAAGAAAACUUCAAGAGCCAGUCUACAAUCGUCAAAUUGCAGGAGGAGCUCAAGUCGGCCAGGAGUUCAGUCAAAUCCGUUGAGGAGAGCCUCCAGCGCGAAAAGGAGCGAAGCAAAAUUAGGGAACAGGAAGCUUUCACUGCGCGGUACCAGAUUGUUGGCGUUCAGGAGCAGCUGGACAAGGCACUCGAGCGUAUCAAGAUCGUGGAGCAAGAACGAGAUGCUUUCAAGACGGCCGCUAAGAACGAGGAAGUAGCUCGCAUUGCUGCCGAAGGCCGGCUCCCGCUACCGCCGUCUCAGGAUCUCACCGACGAGUUUUCGUCGCCAAAGAAGAAGACCAUUCCCGCUAAACGACAGAGUGGACGGGCGGCGCCUCGAGUUUCAUUGUCAACUAUGGAGAUUAUGUCCUCUGUCGCGAGCGAGAUGGAGAUUGAGGAGCUUAAUACGCAGCUUCUUUGGGAGAGACAGCGCGCGGAGAGGGCCCAGGAGAUGAUUGAGUUUCUUCAGGCUGAAUGUCAGAUGCGUUGCUGCCCUUGCUCCAAGACCAAUAAUGCGAGAAUGAGCAUCGAGGCCCCGCAAAAGCGACGACGCGUAUCGGUUGAGCAGGGAGAAGAACAGCACCCAGUUGUCGUAAAAGAAGAGUCGCAUUCGCCGCAUUCGCCGCAUUCGCCACAUUCGCGACGAGCGCCAUCUCGUAAUUCGCAUGGAAGCUCCCAUCGCGGUUCCCUGCGAAACUCAGCGCGAUUGGAGGAAUAUCGGCAAGAACCCCAACCCGAACCAGCAAGAGAGCCAGAGCAAGAAGAGCCUCUGGUCGAGCCCGAGGUCGAACCCGAACAACAGCGCAUCAAGUCCAGAAAAGAGCCACGACGAAGCACCAUCUUUUGUCCGAAAGAAGGCAUCUUCCGCACGGUUUCAGAGCAAGAAGCGGCAGCCAUGCAAGCACAGGAAAGGUGCGCUGUAGCUGUUGAGCCUGCCAUUGAGGAGGAAGCUCAAGCAGACGAACCGUUGCCAAGCACAGAAGUAGGGCACAGCCCCCGAAUGUACGCCAGAACACCAUCCGUUGAUCCUCCUUCAUUUGCUCUUCUUGCGCAGGAGCGCAACUCGCUAGAUUUUCUUCUCGACGCGCCGCACGACGAUGCUCAGUCGGCACCUUUGCCUCCUAUUCCCAGUAUCCCAGUAGUUGCGGACGAAGAACCGGCAAGGGAAGAAGCAGUUGGAUCCGUAGAACAGAGCUACUCUCCCGCCGGGUCCCCAGAACCUCGCCCACACACAUCUACAGCCUCCUUCACCGUCACAACAACGAUUCCUCUGCGAGAAGAAACUGCCCGGUCCAGUUCGUCGUUCAACGAGCGGCUGCGGACACCCUCACACGGCAGCAACGCCAGUUUUGACUCCAACGACCCCGCCAUGACGCCGACUAUGACGCGGGAGCAGGCGCUGGCCAAGAUUCGUGAGCGAAGGGGACGAGCGAGGAGUGCCGCGCAGGGGACCGCUGCGCCAAGGAAAAAGGUAGCAGCCGUCGCGACGGGGCCGCGGGGACGUCCGGCUAAGAGGGAUGUUAGUGCUCCUACGGUAAAGGCUACGCCGAGAUUCAAGUCAUGA